UUAUUACUCUCUGUGUGGCACCCAUUUUUCCAACCGGAAUAUCUCAUUCCUUGUGGAAAUUCAAUUCUCUUUUUAAGUGGUGCAAAAGCUUAAGCUUUCCACCACAUUGCUUCUCCCAUUUUUCAUUUUUCUCAAAUAAUGUCUCUCAAAUUCUUCAAACCCCUUUUUGAUUCUUUCUCAUGGCCCCUUGAAGAACUCAAUAUUGAGCAAAAGGGGGUAUUUUUCUCCUAUUUUCUUGGCAUUUUAGCUUUAUUAUGGUUCCUUUGGUUUUUCAUCAGUAACUCAAACAAGGGACUGCCACCGGGGCCUAAAGCUUUGCCCUUGAUAGGUAAUCUCCAUUCUCUUGAUCCUGAACUCCAUACCUAUUUUGCAUCUCUGUCCCAAAAUUAUGGCCCCAUUUAUAGACUAUGGCUUGGUAAAAAAAUUGGGAUUAUUAUUACUUCUCCUGCUUUAGCUCGUGAGGUGCUUAAGGAUCAAGAUACCAUUUUUGCUAACAGAGAUGUGCCUGCUGCUGGUAGAGAAGCUACAUAUGGUGGCGAAGACAUAACUUGGACUCCUUAUGGACCGAAAUGGCGUAUGUUGAGGAAGGUUUGUGUUCGUGAUAUGCUUAGUGGUUCUACUUUAGAUUCUGUUUAUGCACUAAGGAAAAGGGAGCUUAGACAGACAAUCAAUUACUUGUAUAAUCAGGCGGGAUCGCCUGUGAAUGUUGGUGAACAGAUGUUCUUGACUGUGCUUAAUGUGAUUACAAGCAUGUUAUGGGGUGGCACAGUGAAAGGUGAAGAAAGAGCUAAUCUUGGGGCAGAGUUUAGGCAUGUUGUGAAUGAGAUGACUGAGCUGUUAGGUACUCCAAAUGUUUCCGAUUUUUACCCGGGAUUGGACUGGUUCGAUUUGCAGGGUGUUACAAAGAAGAUGAAAGUGUUGGCAAAGAAAUUUGAUAAGAUAUUUGAGAGCAUGAUUGAUCAAAGACAAAAAUUGGAUAGAAAAGGGGUUGUCCAAGAAAGCAAGGAUUUUUUGCAAGUUUUGCUGAAGUUGAAAGAUGAAGCAGAUGCCAAAAUGCCUCUGACUAUGACUGAACUCAAAGCCUUACUUAUGGAUAUGGUUGUUGGUGGAACUGACACUACCGCCAACACAGUUGAGUUUGCCAUGGCUGAAAUUAUGAACAAACCAGACGUCUUGAGGAAAUUACAACAAGAACUAGAUACAGUGGUGGGAAAAGAUAACAUAGUGGAAGAGUCUCAUAUUCAACAGUUAUUAUAUUUAUAUGCAGUUAUGAAAGAAGCCUUGCGUUUACAUCCAGCUCUUCCACUCUUGGUGCCACAUUGUCCUAGUGAGACAGUUACUGUUGGAGGAUACUCUGUUCCUGAAGGAUGUCGUGUUUUCAUAAAUGUAUGGGCUAUACAGCGAGAUCCUUCUAUCUGGAAAAAUCCAACUGAGUUCCAUCCAGAGAGAUUUUUGGACAAUAAGUGGGAUUAUAGUGGAAAUGAUUUCAACUAUUUCCCAUUUGGUUCUGGCAGAAGAAUCUGUGCGGGGAUUGCCAUGGCAGAGAGGAUGUUCAUGUAUUCACUGUCUUCACUCAUUCAUUCUUUCGACUGGAAAUUGCCCGAAGGAGAGACAUUAGACCUUACAGAGAAGUUUGGGAUUGUUCUGAAGAAGAAAAUGCCUCUGGUGGCUAUACCUACUCCAAGAUUAUUCAAUCCAACACUGUAUGAGUAAAGUAAAAGAUGCUACUCUAUCCUGGGAAUGGUUUAUGAACAACUCAAUGUCCGCUGUUCCAUGUGAAAUGACUAAUUUUUCCAUGACUACUUAAAUAUUGUAUACUUAAUCGAAUUUGAAAUAAUAAUACAUGUAUUACUCUCAUUGGGUAUGUUGUUGUUGUUGUAAUACAUGUAUUACUGUAUUGGAGCACUUACUUUAUUUUAAUGCAAUGAACCAAAUGGACAAUAACAAAUAUCAAUACUGCACUAAUUAUUAUAUGCUUCACAACAAAUCUUUAUAUUGUAAUUCGUGGGUAACUAAUCCCUACGAGUAUGGUUUGAUGAGAACAUAGGCUUGUAGUUAUUCUCAUUGAGGUUUGCAAUAUCCUGUUUCCUGCCUUUUGCUAGUGUCUUUAUAUGACUAUUGAAAUGUGUUUGUAGUGAUUAUGCUUGUCUUUUGUACAUGGAGAUGUGUUCCCAGUAACUGGGAUCCAUGUCUAAUUAAUUCAGUGGUUUCUAUACAGUUGGUACACAUCAAGAAUAUGAAACCUGCAACUCAGUGUGCCUGAAUCACCAGUAUUUGAUUAGAUUCAUUCCAGAAUUUUCUCAACCCAUUUAAAAAUACCUAAUCAAGCUAUUCUUCUGCUGACAGUUUCCUUGUUCAAAAUGGUCGUAUGUGUGUUCCGGAUGGCAUCCAGAAGCGAUCAUUUCUGAGGUGCACAGUACGCCACUCACUUCUAGCUGUCGUUUCAGAAAGGUUUGGGCACACAUUUUAAUCUUAGCACGAUUUUCCACCCGCCGAUAGACGGCAAGCAGAAGGACCAUUCAAAUGCUUGAUGAUAUGUUAUGAGCUUAUGUAAUGGAUUUAUGAGGUAACUGGGAUGAUCACCUUCUGUUGAUAAAGUUCGAUAAAACAACAGCUAUCCGACGAGCAUCCAAAUGGUCGUUUGAGGCCUUUGUAUGGGCAACGAUGUAGAUCACCUAUAGGUUGGUUGAACCGAGUAGAGUGAAGCUGAUUGGCCCAAUCUUGUACAUGAAGCCCGAGAAAAGGUAAAGAAUAUUCCAAAGAAAGGCUUAAGACAAUUCAGAAUUGUCCAAAGUUCUAUUGGGACAGGCAAUAAUCAAUAUUGAAAGUUGAGCUUCGUGGGAGGUUCUUAUUACCAUCCAUUGAUAGGUUUGAUAGGUGAGUUCGUAGAUAUACCCUUCGGUGAGGUGUUAUGGCAUAAUCAUAAUUCCAAGUAGGGGUGUAUAUGGACCGGGUUGGUUCGGAUUUUUUACAAAUCAAACCAAACCAUUUGUGUCAGGUUAUUAAAUCUAUAAACCAAACCAAACCAAUAAAAGUCGGGUUUUUCGAUA